GCCUGUUCAACAAUCCCAAUGAAAAUCCCUAGACUCAAUUGCGUGAAAACAUGACCGAUACUUAUAAAUGAUAAGAGAAUCGAAUUUUUUAUCAUAUAAUUAACAAAAAUUUUGUUUUUGAUUCAGAAUAUACAUAACAUGUUAAACAUGAAUGGUAUAAUACCUGAAAUGGAACAAAUUAUUAGUCAGCUAGAAAGGGGAACUGUGGUAACCAAAUUUUUCUCAAGAAAAAGGCCUGAAAAAAAGACUCUCAUGAUAAGAAGAGAGACCAGACAGAUUGUCUGGUCAAGAAGCGCAACAUUUAGACCAUUUGAUGGCUCAGGCACACAUAUUGCAUGGUUAUGAAGAUAUAUCUACAGCAAAAAUGGGCAAAAUAUUAUCUGAGGAUACUAGUUAUAGGUCAAAAACCUGAAGGAAAGGUCCUUGUGAAUAAUGUAUAUGGUUGAGAUAAGAGAAAUCAAAGAAAUUAAAGUAGGAAAGCACUCUAAGGAUUUUGAAAAAUGGCCAGAAGAUGCAAAAAGAAUUGAAAAUCUUAGGUGUUUUGUUGUAUACUAUGGUUCUGAAUUUCGACUUAAAACUCUUUCUAUUUCUGCUCUUAGUGAAAAGGAAUGUGAACUCUGGGUAAAAGGAUUACGUCGUUUAGUUCAAGAUACUAUAAAGGCUCCAUAUCCUUUACAAGUUGAAAGAUGGCUAAGGAAAGAAUUUUAUGCUAUGGAGAACUCGAGAGAAACGGUUACUUUGAAAGAUAUGAAAGCAUUUUUACCUAGAGUAAAUUGUAAAAUAGCAACGAAUAAACUUAGGGAACUCUUUCAAGAAAUAGAUACGAGAAAUAGGAAUGAGCUUGGUUUUGACGAUUUUGUUGUACUUUAUCACAAACUUAUGUUUGAUCAAAACAACCUUACAGACUGGAGUAGAUUGCUUAAUUAUUCGAAAACUGGACAAAUCGUUACUGUCCAAGAUUUUCAAAACUUUUUAUUAACUGAGGAACAAGAUCCCUUAGGAAAUAAUGAAGUCGAGGUGUCAUGUUUUAUUAGAGAUUAUUUACAAGAUCCUCAAAGAGACGUGCAAGAACCACACUUUACGUUUUCAGAAUUUAUCGAUUACUUAUUUUCAAAACAAAAUUCUGUGUGGGAUUCAAAAUAUUCUAGAAUUUACCAAGAUAUGACUAAACCUUUGGCACAUUAUUGGAUAGCUUCAUCGCAUAACACAUAUCUAAUGGGUGACCAAAUUAGCAGUGAAAGUAGUUGUCAAGCUUAUGUUCGCGCUUUAAGAGCCGGGUGUAGAUGUAUAGAACUUGAUUGCUGGGAUGGACCAGAUGGAAUGCCAUUUAUUUUUCAUGGUCAUACACUUACUACAAAAAUCAAAUUCCUAGAUGUCAUCAAAACUAUUAAAGAGCAUGCUUUUGCUACUUCCGACUAUCCUGUAAUUUUAUCCAUUGAGGAUAAUUGUACACUACCUCAGCAACGUAAAAUGGCAAUUACGAUGCAAGAAGUAUUUGGUGAUAUGUUAUUAAUUCAACCUGUAGAUAAAAAUGAAACUUCUUUACCGUCACCGCAUGCAUUAAGAAGAAAGAUAAUAUUAAAACAUAAAAAGUUACCCGAUGGUGUUGAUGAAACAUCAUUUCUUAUUCGAAAUGAUGAAAACAGGCAAGAGAUGGAUCUUAGAAAUACUGUUAAAAAUGGUAUUCUUUACCUUGAAGAUCCUGUCGACAGAGAGUGGAAUCCACAUUUUUUUGUAUUGACCCAACAAAAAUUAUUCUAUACGGACACGUUUUCCAGAACACAAGAAACUGAACACGAUGACGAUGAAGAAGGUGCAAUUCGGCGACCAACAGACGGAGUUCCAAAUGAUGAGCUACAUUUUGGAGAGAAAUGGUUUCAUGGUAAAUUAGCAAAAGGACGAGAAGAAGCGGAAGAGCUAUUACGACGUUACUCCCAUCUUGGUGAUGGUACUUUUUUAGUUCGACAAUGCGUUACAUUUGUAGGAGAUUAUUGCCUUUCUUUUUGGCGCAAAGGAAAAGUAAAUCAUUGUCGUAUUAAACUUAAACAAGAAAUGGGUCAAACACAAUAUUACCUCAUUGAUACAAACUGUUUUGAUAGUUUGUAUAGUUUAAUUACACAUUAUCGUAAUCAUCCUUUAAGGAGCCAAGAAUUUUUAAUCACACUUCAAGAACCUGUACCACAACCAAAUAAACAUGAAGAAAAGGAAUGGUGGCAUGCAGACUGUACCCGGACUCUAGCUGAAGAAAUGUUAAAACGAAUUCCUUCGGAUGGUGCAUUUUUAGUGAGACCAAGUGAAAAAGAAAGCAAUUCUUAUGCUAUAUCUUUUAGGGCAGAGAAGAAAAUAAAACAUUGUAGAAUUAAAUUGGAAGGACGUCUAUAUACGAUUGGAAGUAUACAAUUUGAAAGUUUGGUCGAAUUAGUUAAUUAUUAUGAAAGGCAUCCACUAUAUAAAAAAAUAAAAUUGAGUCAUCCGGUAAAUCAAGAUGUUAUUAGGAGAAUGGGAUUGGAUGCAGAUGACGGCUCAGUUUAUGGUAUUCCUGGUUAUAUGGAUCCCACAAGUUUUGCGUCAAAAGUAACUGUAAAGGCUAUCUACGAUUAUAAAGCAAGAAGAGAUGAUGAGUUAACGUUAGUUAAACACGCUAUAAUAACAAACGUACAUCGGCAAAGCGGAGGUUGGUGGCGAGGAGAUUAUGGCGGUAAAAAACAACAUUGGUUUCCUGCUAGUUAUGUGGAAGAAAUAGAACCACAGGAUAACCAAGGAGAUUCAACUGAUUCUAUGAUGUUUGGUAGCCUACAAAAAGGAUCAUUGGAUAUUAUGGGUGCUGUUGUUGAAUUAAGAGUAGGUGGUAGACCUGGAUUAGAAUGGAUAUUGAGAAUACAAAAUCCUAGCAUGUGUUCAGUAUUCGAAGUAGCGACUUCUUCGAAAGAUACAGCACUCGAAUGGAUGUCCAGCAUUAAAGAAACUGCACAAAAUGCUAGUGUUAGGGAAAAUCAACAUAAAGAAAUGGAACGUGCAUGGAGAAUAGCAAAAGAAAUGUCAAAUUUAAUAGUUUAUUGUAGAUCUGUUGCAUUUAAUUUAGAAAGAGUAAGAACUAAAGGUUUUAUAUUUAAUGAGAUGAGUAGCUUUCCCGAAACGAAAGCUGAGAAACUGAUGUGUCAACAAGAAAAUAAAUUUUUCAUAAAAUAUCAUCAGGUUCAAUUCAGCAGAGUAUAUCCAAAAGGACAACGUAUUGAUUCAUCAAAUUAUAAUCCCGUGCCAAUGUGGAAUGCUGGUUGUCAAAUGGUAGCGUUAAAUUAUCAAACUGGAGAUAAAUCAAUGCAACUUAAUCAAGCAAAAUUUAAAGAGAAUGGCAAUUGUGGUUAUAUUUUGAAACCCGACUUUAUGUUUCGAGAUGAUUUUAAUCCUUUCGAUAAAAAUUGCUUAUACGGAGUAGAGUCUCUUAAAUUUAAUAUAAAAGUUAUCGGUGCUAGGCAUUUAAUUAGAGCGGGUAGGGGUAUAGCUAGUCCUUUUGUUGAAAUUGAAAUUAUAGGAGCAGAUUUUGAUUCUGGUACAAAGUUAACAACAAAAACGAUACCUGAUAAUGGAUUUAAUCCCAUGUGGAACGAAUCUUGUGAAUUCGAAGUUUUAAACUCAUACUUCGCGUUCAUACGAUUUGUAGUGCAGGAUGAAGAUAUGUUUGGUGAUAGUAAUUUUAUUGGACAAGCAACGUUUCCUGUUCGGUGUUUGCGAUCAGGAUAUAGGAGUGUUCCAUUAAAAAAUAAUUUUAGCGAAGAUCUUGAACUUGCAUCGUUAUUAAUACAUCUUCGGAUGACAUCUUCAGAAAAUCAUCCGCAUAGUUUAUAAAACCAGUAUUGAAUUAUGCACAAGCUUAUAAAUGUUUAAAGAAUUUUAAAAUUGCGUGAAGGUAAGAAUUAAUACUUCUUCAAAAAGUGUGAUUUAUAUGUUUAGUGUAAAUAUCACUAGAUGAAAUAUUUCGUUCAGGAUCUUAAGUAAAAUAUUGUUAUAGAAGACUGGUUAUUUACAAAAAUUAUACUUCACAAAUUAAAAUUGGUGGUUACAGAAAAAAAUAUGCUCAUCUUUGUAACCUAAUUAUAUAGGUGAUUUAGGGAUUUAAUGUUAUACAUAAUAUAAAAAAGAAAUCAUUACAGUAUUAAAUAGUAGAGGAAUGGUUAGAAAAGAAGUUCAAUAUAAAAAAUGCAAUAAUUUCUUAUAAAAAGUAACAUGUUACAAGGAUAUAGUAAUAUGUUUAAUCAAAUCAUUGUAAAUAACAUAUAAAACAUGCUUUUAUCAUGCUACUAGGUAUCUUGAUUUAUUUGAAUCAUUCAUAUCAAAAGAAUGAAUUAUAUCUUUUGAAAAAAUUAAUGUGAUUUCGCACAAUUACCUUUAAAUGUUUAAUGUAGAAAUUAACAUAUCUUUACAUAUCUUUAACUUUUAAAGUAUAUCUUUAUUAAAAUUAUAUUUGUAUUUUUUCUUUUAUUUCGACAAAAAUAAAUUAGAACAAUAAGACUAUACACAUUAUAUUUUAGACUGAACUAACACGCAUAAUACGCUUCCAGUUUUUUCAAUUAAAAAAAUAUUUUCACGUUGAUAGUAUUUAUUUAUUAUUUCAAAGACAAUGACCUUAGUUCAUGAAAGAUUAAGAAAUGUUGAGAGGCUGAUUGUUAAACAAUAUAAAUAUAUUUAAAUUGUCUUUGACAUAAGACUAUAAAAUUAAUUUUAUGUAAAACAAGGGAUGUGUUUAAAGGCGUCAUGAAUUUACGUACUAACUAACAAGAAUAUUUUUUUCAUAUAAAAGUGAUAUAUAUUUCAUUAAAUUUUUUUAUAAUUAUUAUUCAUACAUUUUUUACAGUCAGAAAUAGGUUUAUUAUAAGUUACUUGUUUAAAAUAAAUAGAUAAAAGUUAUAGUGUUUGAUAUAACUUUAUACAUCACAUUAGGCACAUUACUUAUUGUUUCCAAUGUAAUAAAUUUAACAUUUUAAGAAAUACAGUUUAAUUUAUUGUGACAAAUGUUAACAAAUUAAUUAAAUGCAGUAGUAUUUUAUAGUUGGGGAACAAUACCUAGCCAAUGUGCCUUCAAUGAAUAAUUGAUAACAUAAGUACAUUAAAUAAUGAUGUUCAGUUCCCAAAAUUACAUGCAUAAUUUAAACCAGGGAUUUAGAACCAAUAUUAUUAUGAUUUAAAUAACAAAGAUUUAUUGCAAACUUAACUUUUACACAAAUUAAUUAUACAAAUAACUAAUACGUCCCCUUUUAAAUUUGCUCUGUGGAAACAUAAUAUGCUAGUAUAAAUGUUAUACCGAUAUUUUUGCAUUUCCAUUUCUGUAAGGUUUACGGAGAUAUAACCGAAAAAUUACCGCUAUUUUGUAUUCUGGUUUAAGUCCCUGAUUAAAACAUAAAAUAUUGUUAGUACCGGGAACAUAUGAGAAACAAUAUGGAUAUAUGUUAGAUACAUAGUUAGAUGUAAUGUACACAGUCAGAGCACACAAAUAAAAAAUAAAUAAAAAAUAUGUUAAUAUACUUAUUUAUUGUACAUUUUUAUACAUUUUACAAAAACGUGUAAGAUUAGGUAUGAAAUCUGCUUAAUGCUAAGUUGAACUUUAGUUUCAAAGAAAAAAAACAUUCUGUUCAAUAAGGUCAGAUAACUUUAGUUUAUCCAAUAGAAACUGUAACUUUUUUCCUUUUUUUUUCGUAAUUGUUUUACAAAUUAACUUGUAACAUGAAAUCUCUUAAUUUUAUUUUAAGUAAUAACUCACACUAAUGAUUCAAUGUGAGAAUUAAAAGAAAUUAUGAAUAAAGUAUAUACUUUAUUGAAUGAAACAUGUCAAAAAAUUAACAUAUAUAUUUUUCAUUAAUUCUAAAUGCAGAUAUCUGCCUAACUAAAACAGAAAUAUACUUUAUAA